ACGCAUUAGGUCAUAUCCAUUGUAUUCGCCCUCUCUGCUGAGUGUAGAGGGGGACUGGCGUUGGCCGAGUGCGCGCCGCAGCGGGCGCAGCGGGCGCACGUCUCGAGUUUAGUCACCAUCUGCGGUGGGCAUAGGCUGGCGACAGGGUCCAGCUGAGCUUGAAACGUCCAGCAAGACGGCACGGGAACCGACUUUACCUUGGACAACACAGACGGGCACCUCGAUAAAAUCAACACGAUUGAACCUCGGCAGCACACCAAAACGAAGCGCACUCGACCGAAUCGUCGCAACACUGCUGCUGCCCCCGGGGCACAUGGCCAAGAUGGCGCAGGUGUUCCUCGACCUAUUCUACUCGCUGAGCAAUUGCCUCACUUGCUUCUCUGGUUCGCCGACGCUCAAGAUCAACAGCCGGAGCUUCAAGAUCCUAAGGCUGCUGGGCGAGGGCGGCUUCUCGUACGUCUACCUCGUCCAGGACACGUCGACGUCGGAGCUGCUGGCGCUCAAGAAGAUCCGAUGCCCGUUCGGGGCCGAGUCGGUGGCGCAGGCCAUGCGCGAGGUCGAGGCCUACAAGCUCUUUGAGCACUCGGACGGCAUCAUCCACAGCGUCGACUACAGCAUCUCGGGCGAGCGCGGCGGCGACCCGGGCUCCAAGACGGUCUACGUGCUGCUCCCCUACUACCGCCGCGGGAACCUGCAGGACAUGAUCAACGCCAACCUCGUCAACCACACCCGCUUCCCCGAGAAGAAGCUGAUGCUGCUGUUCCUCGGCGUCUGCCGCGCCCUGCGCGACAUGCACGUCUACCGCGGCGCCGGCCCGGGCGGCGCGGCCGAGGCGGGUGCGAGCGGUGGGGAGCGCAUGGAGGUCGCGGCCGCGGGCGGGGGAGGUGGUGGUGGCAAAAAGAAGAAGAAGAAGGGCGGCGCGGCGGCGGCCGCCGCCGCCGCGUCGUCGAAAGGCGCGCGCGCAAAAGAGACGGGUGCGGAUGAGGAUGAUGAGACGGCACAGCAGCUGCCGCUGAUGGUGGGCGACGAGGACCGCGAAGGGCGCAACCGCGGUGGUGGCGGGCGUGGGCCGGGCGGUUCCUCCAGGUCGUAUGCGCAUCGCGACAUCAAGCCGGGCAACAUCAUGAUCUCGGACAACGGCGCCGACCCCAUCCUCAUGGACCUCGGCUCCAUCGCCGAGUCGCCGCUGGCCAUCACGUCGCGGUCCAUCGCCAUCGCGACGCAGGACACGGCGGCCGAGCACUCGACCAUGCCGUACCGCGCGCCCGAGCUCUUCGACGUCAAGACGGGCACCGUCGUCGACACAAAGGUGGACGUCUGGUCGCUCGGCUGUACCCUCUACGCCUGCCUCGUCGGCAAGUCGCCCUUCGAGGCCCGGUCCGACGAGACGGGCGGCUCCCUCAGCAUCUGCGUCCUCGGCGGCGACUGGCGCUUCCCCGACGAGGCCCCGGGCGGCAAGAAGAAGGCCAAGGGCAAGGACCCCGCCGGUGGUGCCGGUGCCGCCGGCGGCGGAUCGUCGGGCGGAGCCGACCCUAGCAUUAGCGAGCCCAUCCGGGACGUCGUCAGGAGGUGCCUCAAGGUCGAGCCGAGCGAGAGGCCAGACAUUGAUGAGCUCAUUGACCUGGUCGAAGCCGUCAUUGAAGAGAUACCCGAGGAUGACGGCUCGUGAAUCAAUGGGGAGCAGCUCACACUCCAAUCUCUAAUUGUUUCUUUCUUCUCCCCACACGGCGGCUUUCAUGACGGAGAGGGACAAAAAGAUGUACAUGUUUUUCACCACUACGCCAGUGUUAUGAAUACAGCCAUGUAAGAUGAUGGACUGUGAUUUAG